AUGAUGCUCCUACAACAUAAGAAGCUCGCCGACUACGAACAGCAAUUAGAUGCCUUUCAAUCGUUUCUGGAGAAAUUCGAGACCUCCAAAACCUCUUCAGACGCAGCCACUGAAGCUAUCGAUGGGUUACACCUUGACGGCGACCACACCAGUGAUGAAUACGAUUUUAUGGACGAUGUCGAAAAUGGGCGAGGCGACACAUCACGCCGGCGGCCUAAAAGAAAGUACAUGGACAUGCUACAAGAGGUUGCGGAUCGAGAGAGACAAAAUAUCCUGAUAGAGCUUGAUGACCUCCAAGAGUUCGAAGACUCCCUCGGAAACGAUGUCAACCUGAGACUAGUGGAAUCAGUUACCAAUAACACCAAACAUUACGUUGACCUCUUCUCCGAGGCCGUGGACAGAAUCAUGCCUCAAGCAAGCAAAGAGAUCUCGUUCAAGGACGAUGUGUUGGAUAUUAUUAUGGCCCAGCGGGCCAAACGAAACGAGACGGUGGCUUCUGCCAUGGAAGCAGAUUCUGAAGCCGUGAUACCGGUUUCAACGUUCCCGCCCGAAUUGACGAGAAGAUAUACCUUGAACUUUAAACCUGUCACUCCCACGGGAACCGGCAGCGCAAAGAAAACACUCGCCGUGCGACAAGUCCGUGGAGAACACCUGGGCCAUCUCAUUACCGUGCGCGGUAUCACGACCAGAGUGUCCGAUGUGAAGCCCAGCGUACGGAUUCAGGCCUACACGUGUGAUCGAUGUGGCUGUGAAAUCUUCCAACCGGUCACAGCGAAACAAUUUACACCGUUGCAAAUUUGUCCCUCAGAGGAGUGCAAGGAAAAUGACUCCAAGGGUCAAUUGUUCGCAUCCACACGCGCGUCGAAGUUCUUGCCUUUCCAGGAAGUCAAGAUUCAAGAAAUGGCAGAUCAAGUUCCGGUCGGCCAUAUCCCAAGAACGUUAACUGUUCACUGCAAUGGCAGCCUUGCUCGACAACUCAAUCCAGGCGACGUGGUGGACAUUGAUGGCAUCUUCCUUCCAACGCCUUAUACUGGAUUCCGAGCGAUUCGAGCAGGUCUGUUGACCGACACGUACUUAGAAGCUCAGAACAUCACUCAACACAAGAAGGCUUAUCAAGAUCUGACAAUGGAUCCUCAAACCAUCCGACGGAUCGAAUCCGUCAAAGCACCUGGACAUAUGUACGAAUACCUGGCUCGAUCAAUUGCCCCGGAAAUCUAUGGCCACCUGGACGUCAAGAAAGCGCUUCUUCUCCUCCUCGUUGGCGGUGUGACCAAAGAGAUGGGCGACGGCAUGCGUAUUCGUGGCGAUAUCAACAUCUGUCUGAUGGGUGACCCCGGUGUAGCCAAAUCCCAAUUACUGAAAUACAUCACCAAAGUUGCUCCACGGGGUGUCUACACGACUGGUCGAGGAUCCAGCGGGGUGGGUUUGACAGCAGCCGUGAUGCGAGACCCGGUCACCGACGAAAUGAUCCUUGAAGGCGGCGCUCUAGUCCUUGCGGAUAACGGGAUCUGCUGCAUCGACGAAUUCGACAAGAUGGACGACGGUGAUCGAACGGCCAUUCACGAAGUAAUGGAACAGCAAACCAUUUCCAUCAGCAAGGCGGGCAUCACCACAACGCUCAACGCUCGAACUUCGAUCCUCGCAGCCGCAAACCCUCUCUAUGGCAGGUACAACCCCCGCAUCUCACCCGUGGACAAUAUCAACCUUCCGGCCGCCCUUCUAUCGCGAUUCGACGUGCUCUUUUUGAUUCUAGACACACCAUCCCGCGAAGCCGACGAGGAACUGGCCAGCCACGUCUGCCAUGUGCACAUGCAUAACCAUCACCCCGAGCGCGACGGUGAAGGCGCGGUCUUCACCCCCCACGAAGUCCGCCAAUACGUCGCCCAAGCACGGACUUUCCGACCCAACGUCCCCAAAUCUGUUUCCGACUACAUGGUCGGCGCGUACGUACGGAUGCGCCAACAACAGAAACGCGACGAAGGGUCCAAGAAGCAAUUCACCCACACCUCUCCGCGUACGUUGCUGGGUGUGCUGCGUCUGUCCCAGGCGCUGGCCCGGCUGAGAUUCAGCCGCGAAGUCGUCAACGAAGACGUCGACGAGGCGUUGCGGCUCACCGAAGUCUCCAAAGCAAGUCUGUACCACGACCAGCGCGCCCAAGGCGAUCAGACGGUCAGCUCGCGCAUUUACGACCUAAUUCGCGCGAUGAGGGAGUCCGGAGCCGCGAGUGUUGGGCGUGGAACAAGAGGUGAAUUGAAUCUCGCGCGUGUCAGAGACUUGGUUACCGCCAAAGGUUUCACGAGUGAUCAGUUUUUGAGGACCAUUGAGGAGUAUGAACUUCUGGAUGUCUGGCAAGUCGCGAAUAAUGGUACGAGGCUCGUUUGGAUCGAGGCCGGCGAUAGCGACGAAGAUGAAGACGAGGAUAUGGAUGAGGGUGACGAUGAGUGA